AUGAGAACAUUUAAAAAUUAACUGAACUUCUAAAUUAAAGCACAUGACUUUAAUAAUAAAAGCUAUUCAAAUGAAAAACAAGAAAAAACUAAAUUAGUUCUACUACUUAAAAAAUCACAUAAUGUGAUUUUUAUUUAAUUAUUACAAUUAUUAAUUCAACUUACAGAUUUUUAUAAACUAUUCAUUUAAAGUGGGUCAAAAUCACUUCACUUGUUAGUGGAUAUGAAGGUAGAUAUUAGGAACUAAUCAUUCGAGAACAUAAAUAUCAAAAAUACUUCUUUAUUAGGAGCAAAUUUGGUUCAAUGCAAUUUAAGUAGAUCUGAAUUUAAUAAUGUAACUAUAAGCAGUAUGAAUCUGAAUGGAACAUUUCUGUUGAAUUGUAAGUGGAAGCAUAUUAAGAUCCAUGAAUUGAAUCAAUUAGAUGGUCAUAAUGAUAACAUGAAUUCAGUCUGUUUCACUCCUGAUAGUACUGUAGCAACUUGUAGCCGAAAUCCUAGGUAUAAUACCAUUGAUAACUCUAUCCUUCUAUGGGAUAUCAAAACACGAUAAUAAAAAGCCAAAUUAGAUGGUCAUAGUGAUGAAGUUAGAUCAGUCUGUUUCUCUCCUGAUGGAAAUACAUUAGCUUCUGGUAGUUAUGAUAACUCUAUCCGUCUAUGGGAUGCCAAAACAGGAUAAUAAAAAGCCAAAUUGGAUGGUCAUAGUAAUUGUAUCAACUCAGUCUGUUUUUCUUCUGAUGGAAAUACAUUAGCUUCUGGUAGUGAUGAUAACUCUAUCCGUCUAUGGGAUGUCAAAACAGGAUAAUAAAAAGCCAAAUUAGAUGGUCAU